AUGUCAAACUUGUCGAAGCUUGAGUUUGUGAUACUUGACAUCUCCGAAAAAAAUUACUUGUCAUGGGUUGUCGACGCUAAGAUUCACCUAGCUGCUAAGGGUCUUAGUGCUAAUAUUAUCCCGAAUAAUGCAGCGUCGAGUCAGGAAAAGGCCAAGGCUAUGAUUUUCCUUCUUCAUCGUCUGGAUGAAGGACUGAAGGUUGAAUACCUUACGGUGAAAAAUCCACUUGAAUUGUGGAUUGAUUUGAAGGGAAGGUAUGACAACCUAAAGGCCACGCUACUGCCUAGAGCUCGUUAUGAGUGGAUGCACUUAUAUAAUUCUGUUGUAUUCAGGAUUGUUUCUCAAUUGAAAUUAUGUGGGGAAACUAUAAAUGAUGAGGACAUGAUGGAAAAAACACUAACUACUUUUCAUGCCUCAAAUAUGAUAUUGCAGCAGCAAUACCAUGAAAAGGGAUUUCAGAAAUAUUCUGAAUUGACCUCAUGCCUUCUAGUGGAUGAGCAACAUAAUGCCCUUUAG